GUUCAAAGUUUAGACGUCGCGCUUUGACUGACUGUGAAAGCGCGAAGUCAGCCGGUUAGCGGCAAAUUUUCAGUCGUCCAUGCACAGUCUUACGAUAACGCAAGAUCUUUGUUGAUAUGAGGCGGAGAGAGUUUCGUGCGAGCUGACCUUUCGACGAGCAAGAGUCAAAUCAAGAUAGCGGUAAAGAAAAAUCAUGUUUGCGAUUGGCAUCGGGAGCGCAAAGGCAAACCUUAUUCCAGCAGUGAACGUGCAAUCCUUGCAGGAGUUACGUUUGAAGAGCGGGGGGAUCAUAAUUUGUGCGGCACAACAUCGUCGACUUGCACUCGCCCGUGUUCAACGACCACAACGGCGCUUCAUUACCGCGGCCGUAACUGCACAGCUGCCGGUAAAUAGUGUUGCCAGCUAUAUCGAUGAAGCUGCAUGCAGCGCCCCGGGAGAUUUGGUCGCACAAAAUUUAGUGCAAAGCUCAGUCUCAAGAAAGCGGGAACGGGGCUCGAUCGUUGUAUCGGAAAGUGGAGCACAAUUCUUGCAGGACGCAAUACGUGCAGUGGAUACCGCUUGGCGUUUUUUCACACUUCCCCACCACUGGCCAGCGUCUGUUUUAGUGCAAUACUGCGAAAAGGGCGUAGUUUCCGACACAUGGUUUCCACUGGUGGUGAAAUCGACCUUCAAAAUACAGAAGCCGGCAUCAUCAGUGACGACAGCGAAAGUUAAGACGGCAGAAAGUAAAGAAAGGACUUUCCUGUUCCACAAGAUCGGAUAUGGGCCGUUUCUUAAUGUGCUAGUCGCUCCGGAAUCCGGUCUGUUCUUCAUGGCGCAAUCUGCUGUCUCCUGUCGCUUCUUCCGGGAGUCGGAGCAGGUUUCGCUUGAUGAGAUUCUUGUGGGUCUGCGAGCAGAAUGGACACGUGCGACCGGUACCGGAAGCGGAACAGCAUCCAAGGCUCACUGGUUUCGUCAUUUUUCCAAGGGAAUGAUUUCUUCCACCUGCCAAGCGAUGUUCUGCGGCGCACUGGCUAGCAUGCAGAAGACAGUUUACGGUCCGGCGGGUAUGAAUCUCAGUUUUCCGGAUCCUGCGUCAAAUAGUCCUUUCAACAGCUACGUCGAUUGCGCUAGGGUACUGCACAGAGUUCCUGCGUAUCGCAGUGGUUUCUUGGGACGCGCUCUGAAUGUCGUAAGAGCGACUUCUACGAAUAGCAGACUACGAGCAACACGGCCAUACACAAGGGAGGAGAUGGAAAGGCUUGACUUUCUGUGCGCGCUAAACUAUUCUGCAGAUGCUGACGAACUGCUCGGGUUUUACGUCUUUCCAAGGGACUACCUUCUCAAGAUGUUUGCUCCAAUAGCGAAGGACGGAAGAAGAUGUCGGAGUGCAUAUUGGAUAUACUUUCCUGAGGAUGCGCACGGUGCGAAACGUGAAGGGGUGAAGGAGCGCAUUAUUAGGGACAUGGAAUUCUAUAUCGACCUACGUGAAACUUCACCGUCCGAGUACUUGGAAAAGUUUCGAAAUAUUUUGAUGGGCAAGACGUACAACGGAGGCUAGAGAUGGUAAAAAUUGG